AUGUAUAUCAAGACGCUCACUAUUCAGGGAUUCAAGUCCUACCGAGACCAGACGCAGAUUGAACCCUUCUCACCAAGACACAAUGUCGUAGUAGGGCGUAAUGGGUCGGGGAAGAGUAAUUUCUUCGCAGCCAUCCGUUUCGUACUUUCCGACGCAUACACCUCCAUGACUCGCGAAGAGCGGCAGUCCCUUCUCCACGAAGGUGUCUCUACCGCCCAAACACUCUCCGCGUUCGUCGAGAUUGUCUUCGACAACUCCGACAACCGUUUCCCAACCGGCAGGGAGGAAGUCAUCCUCCGACGGACCAUCGGUCUCAAGAAGGAUGAAUACAGCUUGGACAAGAAGAGCGCGAGCAAGGCCGACGUCAUGAACCUGCUCGAGAGUGCCGGCUUCAGCAAGAGCAAUCCGUACUACAUUGUACCGCAGGGGCGAAUCACGGCUCUCACGAACGCGAAGGACCACGAGCGCCUUGCGCUCCUCAAGGAAGUGGCGGGUACGAAGGUAUACGAGCAGCGGCGGUCCGAAUCUCUGCGCAUCAUGGCGGAGACCGAUUCGAAGCGGUCAAAGAUCGCAGAGUUGCUCGAGUACAUCGACACGCGUCUUACCGAGCUAGAAGAGGAGAAGGAGGAACUGAAGGAGUUCCAGGAGAAGGACAAGGAGCGGCGCUGUCUAGAGUACGCCCUCUACCAGCGCGAGCUCGAGGAAGUCGGUGCAGCCCUGGAGGAGAUUGAAGAGGAGCGCCGGGGAGAGGUCCACAGCGCGAAUAUCCGACGUGAGCAGUUCACAGACAGGGAGAAGCAAGUCCAGAACCUCGAGCGCUCCCUCGCUCAGAUCAGGACAAACCUGACCACGCUCGCGCUUACGCGUCAAGGAGCCCAGUCUGAACUGACAGACCUCGUGCGCUCCCGUACCGAACUAGAGUGCACGGUUGCCGACCUCCGGCUUGCUGUGCAACGCGCAGGCGGCCAAAGGGAGGCGUUGGAAGAGGAGCUCGCGACCGUCGAGGACCAAGUGACGCAGAAGGAGGACGCAAUCGCAGAGCUCACCCCCGAGUGGGAUCGCGUGCGAGGCCUUGAGAGCGAGGAGAAGCGGCGCCUGGACGAAGCCCGGGCAAGGCUCGAUGCCCUGUACGCGAAGCGCGGACGGCUGGACAAGUUCCGCACGAAAGCGCAGCGCGACCAGUUUCUCCGAGCCGAGAUCGCAAGCAUGGAGGCGUUUCGUGGGACACAGGACCGCGCGCUGGCGGGGCUCCAGGAGGAGCUGGCGCGCGCGAAGGAGUCGCUCAAGGAGGUUAACGAGAACAUCGCCGCUACGCAACAGAAGGCUGGGGACGGGCGCGACCGAGUGCGCCAGUUGGGCGAGACUAUCGCGGAGCUCAAGGAUAAGCAAGCCGAAGAUACGGAGCGACGUAAGGAGCUGUGGCGCGAAGACACGAAACUCGAGUCGAUGGUCACGCAUGCAGCCGACGAACUACGUGGCGCUGAGAGGACGCUGGCGAGCAUGAUGGACAAGGACACCGGUACGGGCCUGCGCACCAUCGACCGGAUAGUAGCAGAGCGCCCUAAUUUCGACGGGGUGUACGGACCUCUGUACCGCCUGUUCGAAAUCACCGACGACAAGUUCAACAUCGCUGUCGAGCUAACCGCUGGAAACAGCUUGUUCCACGUCGUGGUUGACACAGACGAGACCGCCUCCCGCGUACUCGACAUCAUGAUGCGCGAGAAGAAUGGCCGAGUGACCUUCAUGCCGCUCAACCGCCUCAAACCCAAAGUCCCCCCGGCGCCCAAUGCGCAAGACGCGAUCCCCUUACUUGACAAGCUGCGCUACGACCAGAAGCACGCCAAGGCGUUCGAGCAGGUCUUCGGCAAGACGUGCGUCUGCCGCGACCUUACAAUCGCCGCCGCGUACGUGAAGAGCCACGGGAUCAACACGAUUACGCUCGACGGUGACAAGGUCGACCGCAAGGGUGCGUUGACGGGCGGAUACCACGACGUGCGGCGCUCGCGCAUUGAGGCAAUCCGGAACGUCACCACUUGGCGCGCGAAGUACGACGAGGGCCGCGCACGCCUGCAGGAGGUCAAGACGACGAUCGCCACGCUCGAGCAGACGAUCACACGCACGGCGGGCCAGAUCCAAGUACAGACCGCCCAGCAGGCGCAGGCGCGCGCGUCAAGGGAGGGCAUCGCGGAGGAGAUGGCGGUCCUGUUCCGUGAACGCGAGCGGCAGACGGCGCGCAUUGCGCGCUUGGAGACCGAGAUUGACGAGCUCAACUCGGAGUUGAGCGGCCUUCGGGCGCGGAUCGAUGGGUUCCGGGCGGAGCAUGCGAGCCCGAUGGCGCAGAACCUGACGAGCGCGGAGGAGGACCUGAUUGAGCAGCUCGGACGUGACAUCGAGCAGCGUCAGAAAGCCCUGGUCGAGCUGGGAAAACAGAAGAACGAACUUGGAGGCCGCAAGAACAUCCUCGAGAUCGAGCUCAACGAGGGUCUUGUAAGACGACGCGAAGAGCUUCGCCUCAAGAUCGAGACCCUUGGCGCCUCAGAAGCAGGCGACAGCGGCUCAGAGGAGGCAUUGGACGCGAAAGCCCGCGAGCUGAAGGCUCUCAACAACACCAUCGACUCCCUCACCAAGAAGAUCCAAGACACUGAAAAGGAGGUCGAGAGGGCCAACCAGCAGCUGCAGGAGCAACGAUCUGAGCUGGAGAAGAUCCAGAACCAGCAGUCGGAGGACGUCCGCGGUAUCUCGAAGCAGCAGAAGAGCACAGAGCGGUAUCUAGCGAAGCGCCAGAUGCUGCUCAACCGCAAGGACGAAUGCAACAGGAAUAUCCGUGACCUCGGCGUCCUCCCAGAAGAGGCUUUCGAGAAGUACACCAAAGACAAGCUCGAUCGCUUGGUUAAGAAGCUGCACACCGUGAACGAGGGCCUGAAGAAGUUCGCCCACGUCAACAAGAAGGCGUUCGAGCAGUACAACAACUUCACGAAGCAGCGCGACCAGCUCAUCCAGCGCCGCGAAGAUCUUGACAAGUCCGCGCAGUCGAUCGAAGAGCUCGUCGAGGUCCUCGAUCAGCGUAAGGACGAGGCUAUCGAGCGCACGUUCAAGCAGGUCGCGAAGAACUUUGAAGAGGUGUUCGAGAAGCUUGUGCCCGCCGGGAGAGGUCGGCUGGUUAUCCAGAGACGCAUCGACCAGGACGAGGAAGACGCAGAAGAGGCUGAUGAGACUCAGCAAAGCUCCAUCGAGAACUAUACCGGCGUCUCUAUCCGGGUGUCUUUCAACUCCAAGGUCGAUGAGGGUCUCAGGAUUCAGCAGCUAUCUGGUGGUCAGAAGUCUCUAGUUGCGCUUGCCACUGUGUUUGCGAUCCAGAAGUGCGACCCUGCACCAUUCUACCUCUUCGAUGAGAUCGAUGCCAAUCUCGACGCUCAAUACCGAACAGCCGUAGCUGGCAUGAUUCACGAACUCUCGAGCACCGCUCAAUUCAUUACGACCACCUUCCGACCGGAGAUGUUGGCGACCGCGGACAAGUUCUACGGCGUGCUGUUCAACAACCAGAAAGUCAGCACCAUCCGCGCCAUCAACCGGGACGAGGCCAUGCAGUUCGUUGAGCAAGAAGCUCAAGCUCAAUGAUGUGUUAGCUUUACCUUUAUUUCUUGCACCCCUUCUCUUGCUGUUGUCAUGCUAUCGUCAUGUAUCCUGUACCAAGAGUAUUUGUACCAAUAGUGUCUCCCC